CUCUGCACUGUUAGAUCAUGAGAGGGACGCACUGAUGGACACCUGCUCAUCACUCAUCACCUGUUAUCACGUCGUUAAGUUUUGUCAACCUCAUUUUUAGAUCUCAGCCCAGUGACUGUCACCAACCAUGAGCGGUGGAGUGAAUAUCAAAGUCCUGUCUCAGAGUCAGAACGACGCCGGUGUCAGCUCCAGUCUGCCUUUACCCCGCAGCAUGAUGCCUCUCUCCAAGAUGGAUCCCAAACAACAGUACAGCGGCCCCUCUAAUCCCACGCUGCAGUUUCAGCACGCAGCCAAUCGGCGGUCGUCCUAUUCUUCGUCUGCUGAGUCCUCGGGUCCUGCGGAGCUGCUGAGGGGCUCGGCUUUAAAGAACCACCUGCUGCAGCAGAGAACUGGCAUGUAUUCUCACAGGAGCCCUGCAGCUACGGAGCGGACUGACGGGACGUGCUCGGCGUACAGCAGCCCUCAGAUCCCAAAGAGGGAAGUCCGGCGCUCCAAAGACACGCUGGACCUCCGCACCAGCACGCUGACCCAGAAGGCUCUGCGUGACCUCCAGUUAAGACGAAACACCAACAAAAACUGGACUUUUGGGAAAUAUCGUUUGAGGAGCGUGGACAACGCAGGUGAGGACGACGCCUUGUGCCGGCUGUCUGCGAAUGUCCAGUCAGGCCACGGAAGAGGACGCCUCUUCUACACUAAAGGUGCAAAUGGGAACGAGAUAUCCAGCGUGUCUUCAGCUGGAAUGGGCAACAUCCAGAGAGAGGCGAGGAACUUUUCCAACCUGGGUGCUUCAGAAAGAGAAGUGUCCGGCAAACGAUCGAAGUCUUCUCUUCACACAUUCAACACGCAGCGCAGAGCGAGCGAGCCGGGGAAAGUCAACAUGGCCGCUGUGGCUCCCUUCAGGUUCAGGUUUCAGGUCCAUGACGACACUGAUGCCACCCUUGAUGAUCUCAGCGACUGCUCCUCUGACUCCAUGGAGGUCUGCUGUGAUGAGCUAGGAGGCAUGCUUGGAAAUAGUGUGAAAGGCAGAGAAGGAGAUUUGAAGAUGGAAAGGACGGAUAGCACAAAGGCAUACGGCCAAGCAGAUGGCAAAGGAGUUGGUAUGGCAGCGAAGAGGGCCAAGUCUGGAGUGCCCCAGAGCACACAGAGGGGAGAGCUGAAGGUUUACCGGGCAGGGAGCUCUGAGGGCAGGCUGCCAGUGCCAUCCAAUCUCCGCAAGCAGAGGUCUAUGACAAACCUGGCUGUGCUCACUGAUGCUGAGAAGAAGUUGCACCUUUACGAGCCUAAGUGGUGCGAUGACAUGGCCAAGCCCGGAGCAGGGCAGAGCAAGACGGGCAAGCCAAAGACAGCAGGGGGUGGCAGCAGCGCCGGAGGGGGCGCCCCUCUCUCCCGAAACCUUUCCAAAUCCGAACACUCGCUGUUCCAGGGCAAACCCAAGCCCUUCAGCCCUCUGGCUGCUCCAUCUGCUCUGAGCAAGCAGAGCCGCAUACCUCGGGCUCCUUUCGCUGAGGUGAAGCCCCUGAGCAAGGCACCUGAGGAUGGGAAGUCGGACGAUGAGAUCCUCUCCAGCAAGGCCAAGGCCAACGCCAAGAAGCAGGGAGCCGGAGCCGGAGGGGAGUCCGGUUCCAAAGGCCAGGGGGAGGAAGGGGGAGACAAGCCCUUCCUGAAGGUGGACCCAGAACUGGUGGUGACAGUGCUGGGCGACCUGGAGCAGCUGCUCUUCAGUCAGAUGUUAGACCCUGAGUCCCAGAGGAAGCGGACCGUGCAGAAUGUCCUUGACCUCCGCCAGAAUUUGGAGGAUACCAUGUCGAGUCUGCGGGGCUCCCAGCUUAGUCAUAGCUGUAUGGACAGCAGUAACGUGGGCUAUGACAGCGAUGAGACCAACGCUCGCAGCAUAUCCAGCCUGUCCAACCGCUCGUCUCCUCUCUCCUGGCGCCACGGCCAGUCCAGCCCUCGGCUUCAGGCGGGCGACGCCCCCUCCUCCACAGGUGGGGGGUACCAGGGGAGCAAGAUCGGCUCCCAUACCAUGCCGGCUCGCUGCUCCAGCCGCCUCAACAGCACGUCUCGUAUCGAGCUCAUCGAAGGCCUGGAUGAUACCGACCUCAAGUCUGGUUACCUGAGCGACAGCGACCUGCAGGGGAAGAGUCUGCCGGACGAUGACGACGACAACCUGGCUAAUGGUUGGGAUGAGAGCAGCUCCAUCAGCAGCGGGCUCAGCGACGGAGACGGCGAUGGAUCAGAGAACCUCAGUUCCGAGGAGUUCAACGUCAGCUCCUCCCUUAACUCCCUCCCGAGCACACCGCUGGGAUCCAGACGUAACUCUUCUGCUAUGCUCCGUACUGAUGCAGAGAAGCGCUCCCUGGUGGAAAGUGGACUUUCUUGGUACAGCGAGGAUGGAAAGGCCGUCCACAAGCUCGACAGUAGCAGCUAUGACACGGGGAGUCUCAAGACGGAGGCGCCGAGCAAGUGGAGAAAGAAGCCUCCAAGCCUCAGCGAAGAUCCAGGGUGUAAAGGAGAACUGAAGAAGCCUCAAAGCUUGGGUCAGCCAGGGAGUUUCAGGAAAGGUCGUAAUCCCCCUAUAGGAGUGACCUCUCCCAUCACCCAUACAUCUCAGAGCACGUUGAAAGUUGCAGCUCCCAGAAGUGAGAAGCCACUGGAUAAAUCCAGGAUUUCCCUCAAGACUGCUGGUCUACAGCGAUCACGCUCAGAUGCUGGCAGGGAUCAUCAUGGAGAGCACCGCAAGCCCCCGUCAGGUUUAGUUAAACCCACUGCUGGAGCCUCCUUCGGCUACAAGAAACCACCAACAGCCACCGGUACCGCCACUGUUAUGACAGCAGGGGGCGCCACCAUCUCCAGUGGCUCUGCUACUGUGGGGAAAACCCCUAAGUCAUCUGGCAUCCCCGUGAAGCCUGUGGGAGGAGGAAUACCCACGGGUCGAAAGAACAGUUUUGAUGCCAGCAGCGAGCAGAGCUUCUUGGGGCCGAACGCCCGAAACAGCAUUCAGUACCGCAGCCUGCCUCGACCGGCCAAAUCGAGCACGCUCAGUGUGAUUGGCCGCCCUGCACCUCGGCCUGUCAGCGGUACCAUUGACCCCAGUCUGUUGAGUUUGAAACCUGUGCCCAUGGCCUCCACGGGCCCCAGGAUUAAAGAGCCCAGUAGCUGCAGCAGUAAGAUGUCUAAUCGAACGUUCACAGGUCCAGUGAACAUGACCGACCGAGAGAAGGAGAAGGAGAGAGCCAAGGCCAAGGCUGACAUGGACUGUGGUUCUCUGAAAGGAGAGUCUCAGUCCACAGGAGAGUCCACUGUGAAGCUCCACGGCCUGAGAAGGACCAGCAGCAGCAAAUACCCUGAACUGUCAUCACCCACCACACCAAGGAUGCUGAACACUAAGUCUCUGGGUCGUCCACCCAGCUUGGCUCACUUGGACAAGGUCAACUCCAACAGCCUUGACUCCUGUGUGACCAUCCAGGACCUCCCGCCCAAAGUCCCCCCAUAUUCCAAGCUGCAGGACUUGGCUGGUUCCCACACCUCCUCCCGCCUAACCCCGAGCCCAGCGCCUGUGCUCCACAUCGAUUCCCCUGGCUCGUACACCAGCGAGAGCCUGAGUCUGAGUGGAUCCCCGCUGCUCUACCCCAAGCUGUCUGGCAUGCACCGCAGCAUGGAGUCCCUGCCUCUCCAGAUGAGUGUGCCUUCCAGUGCAAGGUUUGUCAGAACUGAGAUCCAUGACAAGGAAGAGAGGGGUGCGGGAACCUGGGGAGCCGGAAGCAGGACAUCCCUAAACCUCACGGAUAGCUUGCAAACAGACAGAAAUACCUUACCGAAGAAAGGCUUAGAACGCUAUGGCUCAAGCCUGUCAGAUAGUGACGGCAAACCGGGACGGCGCCACUCCCACACCAUAGUCAGCAUGACAGAGAGCGAUAGCCCCCCUCAGCUGCCUUCUCCCACCCGCCCUCUCCACCCCUCCUCCUGCAAGGUUCCUCUCACCAACGUGGUUGCCCCAAUUUCUAGCGGCACCCCGAGGAUAUCACGCUCCAACAGCAUAGGCCCCCCCAGUGAGUCAGCCAGCAAUCUCUAUGGAUCCUCCCCUCUGGGCAGCAGUAUGUCCCUGGCUGACCGGCCAAAAAGCAUGAUGCGGUGUGGGUCUUUCCGUGAACCAGGGGAUGAUGUGCAUGGCUCUGUGCUCUCUUUGGCAUCCAACGCUUCAUCCAACUAUUCCUCGAAUGAGGAGAGGAUACAAGGGGAGCAAAUCCGCAAGUUGAGGCGAGAGCUGGAGUCUUCCCAGGAAAAGGUUGCUGACUUGACCAUGCAGCUAAGUGCCAACCUAGGCCAGGCCAAUCUGGUGGCAGCGUUUGAGCAGAGUUUGGCGCUGAUGACGGCGCGCCUGCAGACCCUGUCGGUCUCCUCGGAUCAAAAGGACUCUGAGCUCAAUGAGCUGAAGGAUACCAUCGACGUUCUGAGGGCCAAAAACACAGAAGCUCAAGAAAUCAUUCACGGAGCUCUCAGUAGCCAGGACAUGGAACCUAAAGAGCCACUGAUCAAUCGCCAGAACUCCUCAGAAAGCAUCUCUAGCCUCGCCAGCACCGCCAGCCACUCCAGCAUGAGUAGUCUUAAAGAGCAGGAGGCCAAGAAGAAGAAGAAGAAGAGCUGGUUACGCAGCUCCUUUAACAAGGCCUUCAGUAAGAAGGGCUCCAAGCCAUCAGGACCGUAUGCUGACAUCGAGGAAAUUUCCACCCCAGAAUCCUCUGCACCUUCUUCCCCCAAGGUCCACCAUAUUGGAGACAGUGCUCCAUCAUCAUUGAAAACCUCAGCCUCUGCAUUAUCGUCAGGGCUCUGUGAAGAAGGUGAGGUCGAGGAUGAUAAGGUUGUAACAGAACUGCGUUCAGAGCUGUGGGAGAAGGAGCGCAAACUGACAGACAUCCGCCUGGAGGCUCUAAGCUCUGCCCAUCAGCUGGAGCAGCUGCAGGACGCCAUGAACAACAUGAUGUCGACAGUGGAGAACCUGAAGGCUGAGAACGACAAUCUGAAGACAGGCGGUCUGUCCCCCUGUCCUUCUCCUGGACCUACCAGCUCCGUCUCCCAGUCCUCAGGUCUCACUGCUCUGGGAAGCUCAUCACCUCGACAGUCCCUAGCCGUGCACAUGCCUAAAAGCUACAGCAGGGGGCUGAGUGAGGGGGGCUCAGCAGAUGUCUACUCUGCAGAUUCUCUCAGUCUUUCCUCACAGAGGGAUGAUCACCGCGUUAGGGUAGUGAUCUGUGUUGCAGAUUUACACGUAUUCAAAGAUGAAGUUAAACAGCAGGAUUUCUUCGUCGGCACUGUCCGGGUGAAUGGCAGGAUGGACUGGCCCAUGCUGGAUUCAGCUGUCAGCCAGGCUUUCAAGGUGUACAUUGCCAAGGUGGACCCCACUUCUAGCCUGGGCCUGUCCACAGACUCCAUCUACAGCUACAGCAUGGGCCACAUUAAGAGAGUUCUGGGAGGAGAAGCUCCAGAGACACAGCCCUCUCGCUGCAUGUCCCGAGGCCCCAGUAGCAUCACAGUGGCCCUGAAAGGUUUGAAGGAGAAGUGUGUGGACAGCUUGGUAUUUGAGACUCUCAUUCCCAAACCCAUGAUGCAACACUACAUCAGUCUGCUGCUCAAACACCGCCGCCUCAUCCUGUCUGGGCCGAGCGGGACGGGUAAAAGCUACCUCGCUUCCCGGCUGGCUGAGUACCUGGUGGACCGCAGCGCCCGCGAAGUCACAGAAGGCAUCGUGGUCACUUUCAACAUGCACCGCCAGUCCUGCAAGGAUCUGCAGCUUUAUCUUUCCAACCUGGCCAAUCAAAUCGAUCGGGAAACCAGCACGUCAGAAAUACCGCUGGUCGUUAUUCUGGAUGACAUUCAUGGGCCUGCUUCCAUUAGCGAACUUGUUAAUGGCGCUCUCACCUGCAAAUAUCACAAAUGUCCUUACAUUAUUGGAACAAGCAAUCAGCCAGUGAAGAUGAUCGCGAACCACGGCCUCCAUCUCAGCUUCAGGAUGGUGACCUUCUCCAACAAUGUGGAGCCAGCCAACGGCUUCCUGGUGCGCUACUUGCACAGGAAGCUGAUGGAGUCGGAGGAUGAGAGGAGCCUGACCAAUGAGGACCUGAUCAGGGUUUUGGACUGGGUGCCCAAACUGUGGUAUCAUCUGCACGCCUUCCUGGAGAAGCACAGCACGUCAGACUUUCUCAUCGGCCCUUGCUUUUUCCUGUCCUGUCCAGUCACGGUGGAUGAGUUUCGAUCGUGGUUCAUUGACCUGUGGAACCACUCUAUUAUUCCUUAUCUGCAGGAGGGGGCCAAGGACGGCAUCAAGGUCCACGGCCAGAAGGCGGUAUGGGAGGACCCGGUGGAGUGGGUGAGGGGCACGCUGCCUUGGCCAUCUGCCCAGCAGGACCAGGCCAAGCUGUUCCACCUGCCUCCGCCCAGCAUCGGCUCCAGCAGCCCCGGGCAGCUCUGUGAGGAGAGGCCUCACAAGGAGACUCCACCCAGCUCCAUGGAAUCUGAUCCACUGAUGGCAAUGCUUUUGAAGCUUCAGGAGGCUGCCAAUUACAUUGAAUCUCCAGACAAAGAAGACCCCAGCCUGCCUAAACUUUGAACACAAAGCUCACACUUCACACUUAGCACUUCAAAUUGUCUGCUUUUUUUUCUGUCUGCUGUGAUGACGCAGUGCACAUUCAGGAAACAAAUGAUCCCUCAGAAACAGUUAAAGUAGGUUAAAGGUAUAACACACACCAUUUCAUUACAUCCAGUAUUUUUCAACAGACUGUUCACAAGUAUUGAAUGAAAAGCUAUAUUCCAUUACGUUCCUGUAUAUUUGACUGGAAAACUUUCACUUCAGUUCAGAUCCCUUUACCACCACGCUAGCACUCGUUAGUGCUUUUAGACCGGUGCUAAUAGAUCACUUCUCAGCACUUAGACUUCAGGUGAUUUCUGCAACAGCACAUGCAGUCCAUCCCGUGUCGUGCUCAAGUGCAUCAUGGGACAUGGAGUGCUUGUCAACAGGAGCUAUUCUCUAUUAUUACGGUGACUCGUUUUGGAAAAAAGAGUAUGACAGCAUAAAAAAUGCUACUAUUUAUUGCAAAGUUCCUCGGUACAUAUCUACUGUAUAAGUCUUUGACGGCCAAAUCUUAUACAUAUGCAAUCCUGAACUUUACAACCUGAGCAGGUGAAACAAAGAAAAAUGCCUUAAGAACAAAGACGUCAGUGUCACCUCAACUUCAGCAGAGUUUACUGGUGCUUUCCUUCAAUAUCACCCCAGCUAAGACAGUCAGGAAUCAGCUAUUUCUUCAACUUUCUACAUUAUUUAUUUCAAUUAAUCUUCUUUUUUUUUUUUACAAUAUCAAAUGAUAACAUAUUAUAGGAACAGUUAUCGGUAUAUGUUUUACAUCUUAUUUAUCAUUUUUAUGGCUUAUAAGUUGAAAAAUUAAACUUGCUGUCAUACUCUUUUGCAUGAAACAAAACCUCUUUGUCGCUGCACAGUAUACAGUAUAUGUUUUCCAAGCACUUAAUUUAGUUUUAGGAGCUGCUAUAUUGUCAAACAAGUGUCACCAAUGCUGCCAUAUAUAUCAGGUAUUAGAUACUUAUUACACAGGGAGAAUAUAACAUAACAAAACACCCUCUGAUUAAACAGAUUGAGCUAAAUCUAUUUGAAUCAAAUUCAGAUUUUUUUCUAUAAUAUUCAUCUAGGAAAGAGUACAUUUGUUUCAAAUCUUUCCCCCCCCAGUAGUAGAGUAGUUUCUGUAUAUAUUAUGUACAUACAAUCAGGCUACAUCGCAGUUAUUUUAUCUAUAUUAGUUGGUGCAAAUAUCUAAUAUACUGAACCAAAUACUGUACUUUAAUCAUGCAUAUUGACUGUCAUGCUAGUGGUUUAAGUUUAACUAUGAAUGUAUAGAAAAACACUUAUAAAAACAACAAUUUAACAGUAUAAAUCAUGUAGUAGGUGCUUUUAAAGGCCUUAUCACAAAGCUCCACUGCAAAACACUUUACCAAUGUCUGAGUAGAGUGACUUUAAAGCUACCUAUGCCCAUUUUUAUUUGCAACAUGCACUUCAUAAAGAGAAAUUAAGAAAAUCUUGCUUGUUCUCAUCAUUUAGGUACAUAUGGUGCUUUUUAAAAAAAUGUCCCGAGCUGUUUUAGUGUUGAAUAAAGAUCACGUAGACUUUCAGGGUAGGUUAGCAAACAGUUUUGUGUCAUGCAGUAGAACUGUCAACGCUAAAAAGUAAUGUGAAAUAGAUCUGGAAGAUAAUUUCUGAUAUUUUUUAGGACGUGUUGUUGAAGAAGUGUUGAAGACAUUAGACAGUGAAGUCAUGUGAGACAUUGUGCGGUGUACGCCCAUGUUGAUGUCGUACGGUAUUUAUAUUCGAGAACACUUUGGGUUCACGACACGGUAACAAAAGUGAUUAUGGAGAGUCGUCGUCCCACGGCAAAGAUUUAAACACUUUUUAAGGUACUUUUAUGUCGAUUUUUUUUGUAAAGAAUGGAGUAAAUGGCAGACAAAGUGGUUGUGCAAGUGUUGUCGGAAUAAUUCAUCCCAAACCGUGUCAUUGUUUAGGUGCUCAGACUAAACUUCACAUGUACAUAAAUCCUGUAAAUGAAUGUCAGACCACUUUUAUGACAGCUCGAUUAGAAAGUUAUAAAUUGUAUCUGAGCUGCUUUUUGCUUCGUUAUUGCACAGUUUGCAUAAAGGCUGAGAACAAAACUUCAAGCUAGUCCGCAGCUCUGAUUGGUCGCUUGUAUAAAAAAUGAUUAAAAAUGAAUGAAUUAAAGACGUCAAAGAGCAAAAAAAGAUGCCAAAUAUCCGGUGACUCUCUCGCCAAUUGAGAAUAAUGUCAAUUAUUGUAAAUAUAUCGGACAGUAUUACCAACCCUGGUCUGUUUCUGCAGGUAAACAAAAGCCAUCAGCUCGAGCUUCUCAUCUCAUUCACUGGUUGUUGUGCCUGUUGCUCUGUAGUAGCUGUGAUUUGUGUUUGCUUAUUAGUGUAUCACGACUAUGCAGCAACUUCUACUGGUGUUGGCAAUCAGCAAAUGUCUGAUCCUCACAAGCGAACGCAGUGUGUUUUCAUCUGGUCUGUCUUUGAGUUCUUAAUUUGGACCAAAUUGCACCAUGGGACAAAAAAUGGGAGCUUGUUUUUGUAGCAGGUGGGACUGAGCCUUAAAGAGUGGAGGACUUGUUUGGAGUUGCAUUUAGAACAGGGUUCAUAGAUAGGUUCAUAGUUUAAGAAAAUUAAGCAGUUUGGAAGCUGUUUUAUGUGUUUUGUCCUUAUGAAUGGCAACAAAAGUAUCAUAAGUGGAUUUGUAAGUGGUCCAAUGACGAUAAACAAACAAAAAAAAGGUUUAAAAAUCUAAUUAUGAGCCUGAAAUAGUUGGCAAGAAUCAGCACUUCACUGUUUGUUAAUUUUAUGUAGAAUCAAACCAGAUAACGAGAUGAAUCUGAUCAUUUGGGCCAAUACAGGUUGCUGAAUAGUCAUAUUUUUGCAAAGCUUGUUGUGGACUAAACUAAGAUUUAAAAAAAUGUUAUGCGGUAUCUAAUGUCACUGACGUGCAAAUGUUAAGGGUUUCUAAGUGUUGUAAAUGCAUGUAAACUUGCUGUGUGAUGAGAAAAAAUGUUAACAUUAAUGUAUUGUUUAGGAAAAUCAUUCUAGAUAAUGUUUUCCUUUUUAAUACUCAAAAUAUUUGAUAUUUCUUUUUUCUUUUUUUUCUAAGGAAUCCUUUGUAAAACUUAAUUUCUCUAUUUUGUACAGGGCAUCAUUGUAAAGAUUGUAAAUAGGGUCGGCAUUCUGGAUGCGGCAACAAUCAUUGAGGAGGGGAAACAUUUAAAAAAAAAAUCAUCCUUGAGAGAAAGGUUAUAUUUGUUCAGAGUUGGAUCCUGUAAAUGGAUAAGGCAUGUUUCUGAAGGCUUUCAUCCACCUAUCACUGGUUGUUGGAAUCAAUAAAAUACAUGUUAUAUUUA